CAAGUUUCAGAUGAACGGAACGCCCCCGUACCGCAUCUCUAUCAAUUUUGACUUAACUUGGGAAGUACAUGUCUACAUGAGAUGCUAUACGGGCGAAUACAACUGUAAUAUACCUUGACAUUGGAAAUUAAACUUUAAUGUGCCGAAUAUGCGUUCAUAGGCUUCACGCAAUACCAAAUCAUGAGCGAGGAUAUCGAUUCAGUAAUCUAUCUGAAAAUGAAUCUAAUUAUUCGUAUGUUUAUACUUUUCAUCGCUUCACCGGUCGAUUCAACUGAUAACAUCGACGUUUGCCCAACUUUUUGCGACUGCACCAAAUGGGACAGUACGAAAACAGUGUCAUGCUUCGAAAUUGACGUCCUACCUGCAUUCCAUCCCAGCACUAAAGAGCUGUGGCUUGUGGAGACAAGACUGACCUCCAUAUCUCAGGAUGCCUUCGCCAACUUGAUCAACAUCUCUCACAUUUACAUAUCAGAUGAUGAAAGUCUGAGGAGUCUGGAGAGACAUUCUUUUCACAAGCUGCCCAAGGCUAUUCACAUAGAGAUAAGGGGUAUCAGGAGCCUGUCUUACAUUGACCCAGAGGCAUUCAAGGACCUAACAAACUUAAAGUACCUGGGUAUCUUCAACACUGGCCUGCCCUCCUUCCCUGCUCUGGGCCAGAUCCGUUCCAGCCAGGACGACUUCAUCUUGGAAAUUGUGGAUAACCUCUUCAUCAGAGAAAUUCCUGCCAACUCAUUCAAUGGGAUCUCAGAGAAUGAAAUCACCCUGAUGCUGAACAGCAACGGUCUGACGGACAUCCAACCCUACGCCUUCAAUGGAACUAAACUGGAGGAAGUUUACCUCUAUAGGAAUGUGGAUCUGGUGCGGUUGGACGAGAGGACAUUUUCUGGCGUGAUCAGCGGGCCAACUCUUCUAGACGUUUCCGAAACAAGAGUGAACUCCUUACCCACAAUGGGUCUGGAGGCUGUUCAGAAACUGAAAGCUAAAAACACUUGGGCCCUCAAGAAACUACCCCCCCUGAGGGCCUUCCAGCAUCUGCAGAGUGCUGAGCUCACCUACCCCAGUCACUGCUGUGGACUGAGCAAAGUGAAGAGGAGGAGAGGACACGUGGAGUCUGUCAUUUGCAACCUGACCAGCUCUACAAGACGACAACAAUCAACUAGGCCCUCUGGAACCCCCUCUGAGCAACCUCUCCCCCCGAGACCCCCAGCACCAUCAUCCCACCAGAAGCAACCUCUCCCCCCGAGACCCCCAGCACCAUCAUCCCACCAGAAGCAGCCCCUCCCCCGAGUCCCCCAACACCUUCAUCCCACCAGCAGCAACCUCUCCACCAGCAGCAGCCCCUACGACUACCAGUACUACUACGAUAACUACAGCUGUCCCCCCUCCGGUGAGUGCUUCUACAUAGUGUUCCCUACGGAGGGCCCAGACGAAGGCUUUGACUAUACCCUGUGCGAUGACGACAGGGAGGACCAGGGGGUCCCCUGCACCCCUCUGCCCGAUGCCUUCAACCCCUGUGAGGACGUGAUGAGCCUGGGCUUCCUGCGGGUGUCUGUUUGGCUGGUUAGCUUGCUAGCCGUUCUGGCUAACCUCUUGUUCCUGUUCAUCCUGCUAACCAGCCACUACAAACUGACCAUCACCCGCUUCCUCCUGUGCAACCUGGCCAUGGCAGAUCUCUUCAUGGGUGUGUACCUCUUGCUCAUCGCGUCUGUGGACCUCUACACGCGCUCCCAGUACCACCACUACGCCAUUGACUGGCAGACUGGUGCCGGAUGCCAACUGGCUGGGGUGCUCACAGUGUUCGCCAGUGAGCUGUCGGUCUACACGCUGACCGCCAUUACUCUCCAGCGCUGGCACGCCAUCACCUUCGCCAUGAGGCCCGAGAGAAAAGUGCGACUACGCCACAUAGUUGUGCUAAUGCUAGCCGGAUGGCUGCUCUGCCUGGUGUUAGCCGUGCUACCGCUAGCUGGCGUUAGCAGCUACCAGAGGGUUAGCAUCUGCUUGCCCAUGGACACAGACUCAACCGCGGCCAUGGUCUACGUGGUCACCCUGCUAAUGCUGAACGUGCUCGCAUUCGUGUUGGUGAGCGUGUGCUACGUACACAUCUACUGCAUGGUGCACAACCCACAGCACCCGUCGAGCCGAGGGGACGCCAGCAUGGCCAAACGCAUGUCCGUGCUUAUCUUCACCAAUUUCCUGUGUCUGGCACCUAUCUCCUUCUACGGCCUGUCUGCUGUGCUGCACCACCCACUCAUCACCGUCACCGACUCCAAGGUGCUGCUGGUGCUAUUUUACCCGUUGAACUCAUGUGCCAACCCCUUCCUGUACGGUAUCCUGACACGAGCCUUCCACGGGGACGUCCUGAUUCUGCUGAGCCGCUUGGGGCUGUGUCAACGUCAGGCCCAGCUCUUCCGAGGAGCGCAGUUCGACGUGGGCAGCCCCGCUGGGGUCAAGAGGCACCAAGGGGUCCCCCGUCUUGGAGCCCACAUACCCCAGAUCCUGGAGCUCCGCAAGAGGCAGAGACUGUAAUGACACCAAGGAGCAGGUCAUCGAACUGGAAGGUCCCAACGCGAUGCCAAGCACCAGAGAGAAUUACAACCACAGCUGAGAGGCUGGAUUUUGUUGGUUCUCCAGUUGAAUGGUGAUUCCCGCACCUUUCGGACAGACAAAACCAUGUAUCAGGUCCCAAUUAAGGCCUGGAUUCAAUCCAUAUUGCAGAAGUAUCACGGAAGGUCUGCAUUCAAAUGUAAAGGUAAUUUUUGUUUGAGCCGACAUAUGCAGCGUUUAUAGUGAAUGCAGUCUUUUGAAUGCAGGAACAUUGCCUUUAAAUUUCAAUGUGUAUCUUUCGCAAUACGGAUUGAAUUGAGCCCUUAGUCUUGAUCUGUGAUCUAAGCUUGACUGGCCAUUAUGACCAACCAGGAAUUGGACAUGGAAUGUAAAUGGCCCUUUUAAUUUAGCCAGUGGAGUGUGCGGAGGAGCAGGGGGACAUGAGAGAACUUGAGAAAGUUGAAAACCCAGGGGUUUGAUGGCACAAGCCUGGAGCCCAGCCAACUGUGAGUUGCAGUAGUGCAGAUGGGAGAUGACAGGUGCCUGGAUUAGGACCUGCGCCGCUUCCUGUGUGAGGUGGGGUUGUACUCUACGGAUGAUGUAGAGCACGAACCUGCAGUAGCGAGUCACUGCUUUGAUGUUUUACAGAGAAUGACACAGUGUUGUCCAGGGUCACGCCAAGGUGCUUUGCACUCUGGGAGGGCGACACUGGAGUUGUCAACCGGGAUGGAGAGGUCUUCAAUUUGUACCUUACAUUUAGCAUCAUUCCUUUAACCUUUCUUUCCUCGGUCAUGUCCUUGUCGUUCCUGAGGGUCACUAGCAUUAGUGGAUUAUAUUAGGCUAACGUUGUGUAGUAAUUUAGGAUAUGUAGCCCAUUUUGAAUCAUUAUGGAACUCAGACCACCACAUAGCAGGUUAAACCUGGCACCUGGCUAACGGCUCACAACGGCUGGCAGGUUGCCAUACAGUUCCAUGAUUGGUGGGAAUUAUGGUAGAUUUAUAGGACUAUUGUUCAACCCCUAUUUACAUGUUUUAUCCACCUUCCAAUAUUAUAUGAUAACUUUCAGGAUGAAUCAAACCACUGUAUUUUUUAUUCAUCAAUAUGUUUAUUGCGUAAAUGAUCUCAAAACCAGUUUUAUUUCAUGAAUCAUACAUACUAUCCUGACCCUAAAAUGUCCCUAAAUAAUCUACAAAACCAGAGUGUCUACGGAGACGAAUAUGCAUAGAUGGCAUUCUUUCAUUGAUCCCUAUUUUCUGA